ACAAAUCCUACAUACAUGAUCCGGGCUAUUCGAAGCAAUGCAGCUGACAAUGUGUAUUGUACACUCAUUGCUCAGAGUGCUGUUCAUGGAGCUAUGGCCGGGUACACAGGCUACACAAGUGGGCUUGUUAAUGGCAGACAAACUUAUAUUCCUUUCUAUGCUGAAGGUGAUGAUGAUGAUGCCGAGGCUGAUGAUGAUGAAACUGACAAAGAUGCUGAUAUUACAGAAGAGAGUGCACAUGAUGAGUUGUAGGGAGGGAGAGCACCGUUGUGGUUUUCUGCUGACAAUUCACUCUCUCGAGAUCUCUGAAUUUUUUUCUUGCUUAGUUUAUUUGUAGCUUUUAGUUUUGUUUGUGUUUUAGGAAAAGAAACAUUGGUGGCUGCAUAGCAAGCAAGAACUGUGGCUAAUUGUUUUAAUC